UUUCAUUCGUGUUUCACGAGCCCUCGGCGACACGGCUUCGAAGUACGAAACGACAAUUCCGACGGUGCGGUUCGUUCGCCGCAGUGCUCCGCGCAGUUUCUAUCAGUCGCGAUCGCGCGCGCUUAUUCUACGAGAUCCCCGCGAAAACAAGAAAAUGCAAGCAAUUUUUUUUGUUUGUUUUGCUGCUAGCCGUGUCAUCAAGUGCAUAGGAUAUAAUUAACAGCACACAUACACAUAAAGAGAGUGAGACAAACGACUCGGCGAAAAGGUCGUAACGACACGGGAAAAUCUAACAAACACGUGCGUGUGGUGAAAUUUUGUCGAAGGUGCUAAGUAAGCAUUAGACCUUUUAUUUCUGUUCCAAAGUGGCAACAGUGUGUCCGACCAGUGUCAGUGUUUAGUAAGUGAGUGUACACGCGUGUGACCUAUACAGGUAGGCAGCUCAGCAGCUCCUCCGGUCGGCAAAGAAAAGCAAUGCACAGUCUCGUAACAGUGUCACGAUGAUGCGUGUCAGUAGCAAUUCUAGGCUAUUAGCCACCAGUCACCACCACCCGGAACCCGGAUGCGGUAUGAGCCCGGACGGGUGUGGGUCUUCCGAUGACACACUGCUUGCCGUCGGCUUCAAGCGGACACUACACACACCGGCAAAGCAAAAGCACACGUACAGUUAUCCACACCAUCAUCAUCAUCAUCAGCGUCCGAAUGUCCGGAGGCGGUGUGUGCUAAGGGUGUCCAAAUUCCUGUCGUUCCUGUUGUUCCUAGUUAUCUGUGAUAGUCAGACAGUGUGCCGGGCUGCAUUUCGGGCAUCCGCCGCUACCAUCGGCCAUACGGCGGGUGCCGAUAACACCGACAGUAUUAUGGGCCGAGUGGAGGCGGAGCCGACUUCCGGUGGGGCCAUCCGCAACCGCACCAAGCUGCAGGAGAUCGUGCUGGAAGGACUCGGACUCAGUGCGCUGCCCGACGUUCGACUGAUGAACAUCAGCCAGCAGGAGUACGAAACCAAGUAUGCCGAAUAUUUGGACCGUGUCAACCGUCGCCAGCAAUCGCUGUCCUCCGGCCACACCGAGGACGGAUGGUACGAGCAGCGACAGCUCUUCAGCUUUCCCGGCACAGAUCAUGCGCUCAACCAUCGAAAUCUGCGCCGCAAGCGUUCACUGAACAACGACUUCGAUCUCGUCUACAUCCGGUUCGAUAUACCGAUGCGCAAUGCCAGUACGGGUGAGAUGACGGGCUUCCAGUCGCCGUCGCUCUACCACGACCCAAACCCCGACGAUGAUGGCGAGGAGUCGUCCGUGGUCGGCGAUAAUCCUACCAAUGCGCUCCAGCAUACCCUCGAGCACCACGGUGGCCGGUCGCGGCAGUCGCUGUCCGAGUUGCCGCCCAUCUCGCCCGAGAACAUUGAAGAGUCGUCGUUGAACAUCAUGCUAACCAGAAGACAAAACAGCGCACGCAGCACAAACGCGCACAGUAAACAACAACAUCACUCGCAGCAGGCGCAUCAAGUUCAACAGCCGCCAGUCCAACACACCCCCGCCCAGCUUCACCAACAUCAGCUGCAGGCUCACGGCCAUCGGCGGAAGGGACGGGUACGGUUCAAGCAGCAGCAGCAUCAGCAGCAACAGCACCAACAACUUCACCAGCAGCAGCACCAGCAUCCGCAUAUGUCCGGCCGAACGGUGACGGUGCACGUGUACCAGCUAGUGGAGCCGUACGAGCGCCACUUCCUAACCUCCAAGACGAUAGCCGUCCAGGAGAUCCCACCGAACGGGAGCCGCUGGUAUCAGCUACCGCUCGAGGAAGCCGUGCGCACCUGGCUCGAUGGAUCGCGCAAGAAUCUUGGCCUGGAGCUGUACUGCGAAGGAUGCCACGCACACGACGUACACCUCGUACACGACUCAUCGCCCUACUUUCGCAGCUACGAAGAAACCCCAGUCCUGAACGUAGUCGGCCGACUGGUGCAGCGGGAGAAACGCUCCAAGCUGCAGCGCUAUCGGCCCCAGAUGCGGGACUACCUGUCGCCACCGAAAACGACUGCCUGCACCACCGGCAACAAGCGUUGCUGUCGGCAUCCACUGUUGGUGGACUUCCGCGACAUUGAGGGGUUCGAUUUUAUCAUCCAGCCGAAGAUCUUCGACGCCGGGUUCUGUCGGGGCCGCUGUCCGACCAAGUUUAAUCCGGCGACGCACCACGCACUGCUGCAGAGUUUGCUGCACGAACACAUCAAGUACGAUGUGCCGAAACCGUGCUGUGCACCGUCCAGCCUCGACCACAUCGAUGUGUUGCACGCGGACCCGAAGAACCCGCAACGGCUGAAGGUGUCCACGUGGCACAAUAUGCGCGUGCUCGAGUGUGCCUGCUCGUGAUGGAAAUGGUCCAGCAGGCAGGCAAGCAAGACCAGAGGAACGCAUUUAUCUCCAAUGUAAACGAAAGUAUUAUCCGACUAGAGCGGGCCCCAGGGUAUCAGGACAUGGUGUAAGGCUAUCCGUCGUACGGGACAAAGGGCAGCUACUACUAGAACUACCAUUACUACUACUAACACUUCCUGUGCGUUUAGGUGUUUUGUAUAUUGCUCCCAACAUUCAAAAAUGGCCAGGUCGUCUCCAGAGUUCUUCGCUGAAGAUGUGAAACGGGUUCCGCUACUGGAUACUGGAUGCAGAUCUAGAAAUGGGAGAGUGAAUGAGAUAAUAUACAUGUAGCAUAUAGGUGUAUUUGUUUAGUGCAGAGAAAAGUGCAAACUCACAGAUUUAGGCAAACAGUAGUAGCCAGUAGAACCGAGAGAGGGACAGAGAGAACCGCCGUGGUCGUGGACAUCCUCGAUGGAAGAUGUCGUCUGCAGAUGAUGUUUUAAUUUUAUUUAUUUAUUUAUUCGUACGCGCGCGCGGAUGCAUACAAGCAAUCGUCGGUACAAAAUAAUUCACUCGGGAUUCGCAGGGAGAAAGAGAGAGAGAGAGAGAGAGAGAGAGAGAGAGAGAGAGAGAGAGAGAGAGAGAGUACUCCCGUAGUGUGUUUGUAAAUAUAUGUAUGUAUGUAUGGAUGGAUGUAUUAUGGGUAUACAAUGCUAAUGGGCGAUGGGUGGUGCAGCCUCCUGCUCCUGUCGACCUGUUUAAUCGAGCUAAUUUCUUUUUCCACGUUUGUAUCCUAUUCUGUCCGCUCUCUGUCUUGUUCUUAUCAGAUCACUAUUCCUCUUUUAUAACUUUUUUUUAUACUAAACGCAUUUUUUAGAUGAACAAACGGGGGCUUAAUUUAAAUUUCCGUAUUGCUUUUAUGUCUUGCAAGCUAGUUUUUGUUUUCAAAUCACACCCCGCCAAUAGGGCACCAAAGUUAGAGGGAGAUUGUUACUAAUAGCAAAAGACCUCCCCAUUCUAGUAGCAGCGAUAGCUAGCAGAUGCUAACCCCCUACUUACCAAAGGUAGUCGAAGAUGUCCGGUUCAGGGAACUUUGUCUGUAAACCGUUGCAGUGGCAGUGGCGUAUCAAGUAUCAAGUUGAGAGGAUGAUGUGAAGACCCUUUGUACUGUAUUUGUAAACUUUGGAGCACUUUGGACAACAAGACCACUUGCAUGAGAAAGUUUUGGGUCUGAUGGUGGACAAGUCUCUUGGGAAGACCACUUUCAUUCGCCGGCUAGGUCCGACUAAACUAUAUGGUUUCUUAAUUGUCCAGUCUCCUUGGAUGAUGUAGACCUUUGUCCAUCGAGGAUCUUUGGAAGAUAAGACCUCUUCGAUGAUAAAGUCCUAGGAAUAUCUUCCUUAGUGGACUAGAGCCCUUUGAUGACAUGAAUGUUUGAUCGACAAGUUUCAAUGGGCUAAGAAGCUCCUUAGAUGGCGAGGAUCGCUGGUCGACGAGGUUCUUUAGUAGACAAGACCAUUUGGACGACAAGAUGCCUUCCCUUGAAAGAUGAGGCCCGCAAAGAUAAUUAACCGACGAGAGUUCUUGGUCGACGAGGUCCCUUGGAUGAUAAAGUCGUUUGGAUUACGAAGUAUUUUGAAUGCUCAGGCUCCUUGGACGACGAAACUCCUUGGAUGAAAAUGAUGUUUAGUCGACGAGAUUCCUAGGAUGACAAGAUCCCUUGUUUAUUGGUUACUGGUUCCUUGAACCUUUGGGUCCUUGAUUCCUUGGUCGACGAGGCCCUUUCGAUGAUCCUUGGACGACAAAGGCCUUUUCAUUUUCCCAUUAUACCCACCAUUAAAACCCGCCACUAAUUACCAACCAUUACUCACUCACUACAUCCACGAGACACAUUGCUGAUGGCAUUCAAACGCAGCACAGGCAGCCAGACCGGCUUGAUUUUUAAAGCCUUAAGAUACGUUAUAGUUUUUUUUUGCGAUAUCAUACACCCAAACACACACUGUACAUAGAUAAAUAAUGUAUAUGCUAGCAUCGUUCGCUAACUGCGAGACUCGUUCCUACCCUACAGAAGAAGCGCAAUGUGCUGAUAGUGUCCUAUUUAUUGAAUCUUCAUAUACCCGCCGCUUAGUGUACACCACCGGUGCACCGAUUGCACGACCAUGCACAUAUUACCUGUCGCGCUUACAAAGUUUUACAACAGCAACAAUAAAAGCUACAAACGAACGCGAAACGAACGACCGUACAACCGAGACCGAGGGGUUAUUUCAUUGUUAAACUCUAACGAAACGAAAAUGUUAAAUGUUUCUGUUCCCAUCACGAAUUCGAAUGCAAACAAAACAUAAUCUUACGAACGAAAGGCAAGGUGAAGAAAUUAAACGACAACAGCAAAGCGGCUGUUCAAAAUUCUGUCCUGUAAAUUGAAUGUCUAUCGGCUUUGAAUGACGUUACUUGAAUGGCAUACAGUUUGGCAAUACAAUUUAGUAAAUAAACGUACAAAAGCUACCCCAA